AUGUGCUCAAGGGUGGAGUGCAAGCAAUGCGGGAAGACAUCGUGGCGUGGGUGCGGGAAGCACCUUACCACACUCUUUGCCGGCAUUGAGAAAGGGAAGCACUGCAUGUGUCGCCCUUGGCCAGGGGUGGUUGUUUCGUCUGAGAUGGUGACUGAGCAACCACUGGAAGGUUCAACUUCAACUGACAAGGAGCACAAAGGUCGACAGAAUCAAGAGAACUGUGAUGCUACAAAACUGAAGUGGUGCAAGCAAUGCGGGAAGACAUCGUGGCGUGGGUGCGGGAAGCACCUUACCACACUCUUUGCCGGCAUUGAGAAAGGGAAGCACUGCAUGUGUCGCCCUUGGCCAGGGGUGGUUGUUUCGUCUGAGAUGGUGACUGAGCAACCACUGGAAGGUUCAACUUCAACUGACAAGCGUAAGUCUGCAAAAUUCACAUUAUAA